AUGUUGCGAUCUCCCAAACGCAAACCCCAGAACAGCAUGUCCAGUUCUGCUGAACUGAAUCGCCCGGCAGCAGAUGAGACAGAGCCGUUACUGAACCCCAGCAACACCACUAGGAACUAUACCAGCGGCGACGGUGGGAUGUCUCCAGGCCCAGGCCCAGACCAGGACUGGAGUCGGCAGUCAUUGGCAUUGCGCAUUUAUCAUGCCAUCCUCCGCCUCAACAACAUCAAUGUGCUGCUGGCCUUCCUGCCGCUGGGCAUCCUGUCCGGUCUCUUGGGCUGGAACUCCAUUUUGACCGCCGUCUUCAACUUUCUUGCCAUCAUCUCGCUGUCUGCUUUGGUGUCCUAUUCGUCAGACGAGCUGUCGCAUUAUCUCGGAGAGUUGAGCGGAGCAUUGAUCAAUGCUACUUUUGGCAAUGCCGUCGAGCUGAUUUCCGGUAUUGUCGCUCUGAGUCGCGGCGAGAUACACUUUGCGCAGUCCGUGAUGAUUGGUAGUAUUCUAUCCGACAUUCUUCUGGUCCUUGGUGGCUGUCUCAUCUCCGCUGCAUAUCGCAAGCAUGUGCUCAAAUUCAAGAUGGCCGAGGCGGACGCCCUGUCGUCAUUGAUGAUCAUCACCGCCGUAGCACUGAUCCUCCCCACAGUACUGUACUCUGCAUUUGGCUCGUCGAAUUCUUCGUCGGACAUUGACGACAAGAUCGUGUCCUUCUCGCAUGGCACCGCGCUAGUCCUCUUCAUUCUCUACGCCGGAUACCUUUACUUCCACCUGGGAACGCACUCUCAUCUGUUCGUCGAAGACCAAGGGGACGCGCUAAGCGUGACGAGUGACGACGACGCGACAGAUAAUAAUAACAACAACCCUGCUCGCCAGGAGGAAUCUCCCAGCUUGAGCCUUUCAACGGCUACCGUCCUUCUCCUCGCCGCAACGGCCGGAAUCAUGGGCUGCACACACUUCUUGCUCAAAAACGUCGACCAGACCGCCCACAUCACGAGUAUGAGCAAAACCUUUAUCGCCGCCAUUCUGAUCCCCAUUGCCAGCAACAGCCCCGAGGGGGCCGCCGUCGUGGCUGCUUCGCGGGACGGAGACGUCAACUUCGCGAUUGGCGUUAUCGUCAGCAGCAUCCUGCAGAUCGCGCUGUUUGUGGUGCCCUUCCUGGUGAUGCUGGGGUGGGUGAUCCAGCAGCCGAUGACGCUCAAUUUUGAAAACUUUCAGACGAUUAUUCUUUUCUUUGCCGUGCUGGUGGUUAAUCACCUGCUUCAAGCGGGAAAAUAUACGUAUAUUCAUGGUGUCAUGUUGGUGGCGUUGUACGCCGCCAUUGCCACUGCUCUCUAUACGCGCUGA